UAUCUCUCUCACCAUCUUAUUAUCCUUCUAUUAGCAUUUGUUUUGAAAUGGAUCCCAACAAUCACCAUUACAACACCCAGAAUUCUUCAAGCUACCCAAUUUCCAACCAAAAUCCCAACAACUAUGAAGAUCCAAAUCAAUUUUCUUACCCACGUCCUCAAAAUCCCACCAAUUAUCAAGUCCCACAUCAAUUCUCCAACCAACGUCCUCAAAAUCCAAACUAUUUUCAAGUCCCACAUCAAUUCUCCAACCAACAUCCUCAAAAUCCAAACUAUUAUCCAGAUCCAAAUCAGUAUUCGAACCAGUCAUCAUUUGUUCCAAACUUUCAUCCAUCUUAUGGAUCUGUGAGAUAUCUAUCUCAAACACCCCAGUCUAGUGGUUAUAUGCCAAUGGUUCGUGCAAAUUUUCCUAGUGUUGAUGGACCGGAAUUUCCGGAAUUUUCAACACAAGUCAAUCUUGGUGACGGGUCAGCUGAUAAUGAAGUCAAUGAAGUCACUCCUAAGAGCAAAAAAACGCAUGCACCCGCAUGGAACACUGCACAAAAUAUGGUGCUAAUUAGUGGGUGGAUUAACUGUGGAACAAGCAGUGUUGUGGGGAAAAACCAGAAAGGAGAAACAUUUUGGAGAGAUAUUGCUGAGUAUUGUAAUGAGCAUUGCUCAUUCGAUCCUCCGCGUGAUGGAAUUGCAUGUCGAAACCGUUGGAAUUAUAUGAACAAAAUACUGGGUAAAUGGAUUGGCGCUUAUGAUGCCGCUAAGCGUCAACAAGGAAGCGGUUGGUCGGAUAAUGAUGUUUUGGCAAAAGCGCAGGAAUUAUUCGCAUGUGGGAAGAAUGUUCAAUUUACUUUGAUGGAAGAAUGGAUCGCUCUCCGUGAUCUACCACGUUUUUGUAGUCAAGUAGGAGGAAAUGGUGGCUCAGCAAGUAGUGGAUCUAAGAGAUCUCACGACAGUGAUGCAUGUGGCUCAACCACUAUAGGAUCAAUUCCUCGUCCAAUGGGUAGGGAGACAGCUAAAAGAAAGAAUAAAAAGAAAAAACAAACUAACCAAUUGAUGAAAACCAAUUUGUAUCUCAAGCUAAGUUCUGAAGAGGAUCUCGAUGACCGUAAGAAAGAGCUGUUGAGUAAGUUGGCCCCAUACCUUCAAAAUUCUCAACUUGAAGAAGCUUUUAUACUCAACCAAUUAGGGUUGGGUCCAAACCAAAAUUUGGAAGAUAGUGCACCUCGUAGAAAGUAUGUCCGUAGAGAUCAUGCAGCAGCAAACCGAAGGCUAAUUGACGACUACUUUGCCAAUGAGCCUACAUAUGACGAUUCAAUGUUUCGUCGUCGGUACCGGAUGCAAAAACACGUUUUCCUUCGAAUCGUUGGGGACCUUUCAAGUAGUGAUAACUACUUCACCCAGCGAGUUGAUGCAGCCAAGAAAGAAGGUAUAUCACCCUUAGCAAAAUGUACCACAGCAAUGCGAAUGUUAGCAUAUGGUGUGGCAGCAGAUGCAGUCGAUGAGUACAUCAAAAUAGGAGGUACUACAGCACUGGAGUGUUUACGUAGAUUCUGUAAUGGAAUCAUACGAUUGUAUGAGCACGAGUACUUGAGAGCACCAACUCAAGAGGACCUGCAAAGAAUACUACAGGUUAGUGAACAAAGGGGGUUCCCAGGCAUGAUCGGGAGUAUUGACUGCAUGCACUGGGAGUGGAAAAAUUGUCCUAAAGCAUGGGAAGGUCAAUUUACUAGAGGGGAUAAGGGAACCACUACAGUUAUUCUUGAAGCAGUUGGAAAGGCUCCAACUGUGAGUUUCAUUGUGAAUCAACGUCCCUAUAAUAUGGCAUACUAUCUAGCUGAUGGUAUCUACCCUUCUUAUCCAACUUUCGUCAAAUCGAUCAGACUUCCUCAAAGUGAACCGGAUAAGUUGUUUGCACAAGUUCAGGAGAGAUGUCGGAAGGACAUCGAACGUGCAUUUGGAGUUCUUCAAGCUCGUUUUAAAAUCAUCCGUGAACCAGCUCGUUUGUGGGACAUAGCUGAUUUGGGUAUCAUUAUGAGGUCAUGCAUCAUAUUACAUAAUAUGAUUGUUGAGGAUGAACGAGAUACAUUUGCUCAACGUUGGACCGAUUUUGAGCAAUCUGGGGAAGGUGGAUCUAGUACACCGCAACCAUACUCGACCGAGGUGUUACCCGCUUUUGCAAAUCAUGUGCGUGCUAGAUCCGAGUUGCGUGAUUCGAACGUUCAUCACGAACUGCAAGCAGAUCUAGUGAAGCACAUAUGGACAAAGUUUGCAAAUGCUUCGUGAUGGAAGAUGAUUUGUAUCGUACUAAUUACGUUAUU